UCGCGAGUGUUUACAGUUGUUCCUAAAAUCUUAAGAAGUGACCAAGGAACAUGUGGUGUCUUCGGAUUCUCGUCGGGUUUCUCGUGGUUACCUUCAAUUUUGGUGGUACUUUAGCGUGUGAGAGCGGGUGGACAGAGUACCGAGGGGCCUGCUUCAAACUCUUCAAUGAGGAAGUCACACUGGCGUUUGCGGUGGAUGCUUGCCGUACUUCUCUCAUGCCUGAAACAACAGAUACAACCAUAGUGAAGCCGAAGACCCGCGGUAUCCAGGCCUUGCUGAACGGGAUGAUGAUCGGACAUCCGGAGGACGACUUCUGGUUGAGCAUGCUGAACGUGAAUGCCAAUGGUUGGGCAUACCUGGAUGCUGCAGUGGUAAAUGACUGUGAUUGGACGAACUGGGGCCCGGCGUCCAAUGGCGAGGCCAGUUCCAGCGACGGGGAUUGGGGAGAACAGUGCGCCAAAAUGACCGGCUCUACAGGUUGGGCGUGGGAUGACGCCGGCUGUACAAGUCAGGGAAAAUACAUCUGUCAAUCUGGAAUCUCCAAUUAG